AUGGCCGAGACGCAGGGCCCCGUCGUGGCGGGCGUGGCCAUCGCCUUUGCUGUACUCACCUUCACUGUUUUAGGUCUACGGUUAUUUGCCCGGGUCUUCGUGCUGAAGCGCCUGGGAUUGGACGAUUACUUGAUCGUCGUGGCUUGUUUGCUUUCAGGGGCUUUCACAGCGGUGACCGUUGUUGCCGUCCAACAUGGCAUGGGCCAACAUAUCGACGAGGUCAAUCCCGAGGGCCUCAUCACCUACGCCUUUGUUGUGUGGCUCAGUUCGAUGUUCUACCUCGCCUGUCUGGGCUUCAUCAAGACCUCCGUCUGCUACUUCUACACUCGACUGGGCGACAAAACCUUGACACGACGGUCGCUAGUGAUGAUGUGCGUGGUGGGAUGUCAAGCGAUGGCAUUCGUCCUGACGGCAGCCUUCCAAUGCAAUCCGAUUCCCAAGGCGUGGGAUGCCAGUCUAUCCGGUCACUGCGUCUCCAUCAACGUCUUCUACCUCGCCAACGCGGCCUUGAACAUUUUCACCGACUUGCUGACCUACACGCUCCCUAUCCGGGUCAUUCUGCACCUCCACAUGCCCCAUAAACAGAAAUGUGCAUUAGGUGCCAUCCUCUGCCUCGGCCUUUUCGCCUGCGUCUCCUCCAUCAUCCGCAUCACCUACAUCCCCGCAAUGCUCACCUCUGCCGACUCGACCUACGCCAUCAGCGGCGCCAUGUACUGGUCUGCGAUCGAGAUCAACGUCGGCAUCCUCGCCGCCUCCAUUCCUUCCUUCAAAGCGAUCGCCUCGCGCUUCCUGCCGCGCUGGAUCGGCGAAUACUCCUCCAACAAAGGCUACAGCUACGGCGGAUGGUCGAGCGGCAACAACCACGGGGCGAAGCGGUACGGGUCGGGCUUCUCCAAGCCACGGGCGCCCGAGUUCGGGAUGAGUGUGCUGCAGAGCUGCGCCGAUACUGGCAGUGAGGAUCGCAUCGUCGUCCCCGCGGGGAGAAUCAUGGCCCAGACGGAGAUCGAGACGAAUGUCGAGAGCUACAUGUACGGCUAA